AUGCCCUUGAAAUACAUUGAAAAUGCUCGAAAGAUUCUUUGCAUUGGGCGCAAUUAUGCUGCACACAUAAAAGAGCUCAACAAUACCACCCCACAACAGCCCUUCUUCUUCUUGAAGCCUUCUUCGUCGAUUUUGAAGCCAAACUCUGGACCAUUUCUAGUGCCCCGAGGAACAAUAGUGCACCACGAGGUGGAACUCGCGGUAAUUCUUGGAAAAGACUUGAGAAACUUGACGGAGGAUUUCUCGCCUGAGGAUGCGUUGGAGGCAAUUGAUGGAUAUGCACUUUCGAUCGACAUGACUGCGCGGAACGUGCAAGACGAGGCAAAGAAAAAGGGUUUGCCGUGGUCAAUUGGAAAAGGGUUCGACACGUUUUUGCCUUUGUCGGAAUUUAUCCCCAAAGAGAAUAUCCCAGAUCCCUACAACGUGCGAUUGGAUCUUAAAGUUAACGGAAAGACCAAGCAGGAUGACAUGGCUAGCCUAAUGAUCUUUCCAAUUCAUAAGAUUUUAAGUCACAUGUCAUCAAUCAUGACGUUAGAGAAGGGUGACUUGAUAUUGACAGGAACACCCAAGGGUGUGGGGCCCGUGAAGCCCGGAGACCAUAUUUCUGCAUCCUUGCACGUGGGACCCGAAAAAAUUGCUAGUAUUGAAGUAGAGGCCCGAGAGAAAGAUGGCCCGUACUAUUUCAAGGAAACAUAG